AUGGCUCCGUCAUUUGUGGAUAACAACACCGCUGCCAAGGGAAUGAAGGAUCAGAUCAGAGCGCAGCAAGCUAAGAACUCCACGACCAAGCCUGAGUGGGCCAAAGCUUUCAAGAAUGAGAAAUCCUUGUUGACCAAAGGCCCUCGGCCGCUACACCUCGUGGACAAGCACAGCAAAGGCAAAAGCGGCCCUCCGUCCAACUCCAAACCCCCACGUCCCAAAGAUACCACAGCUCAGAAGCCCAAGACUUCCGCCGAGAACCCAUACUGCAGCGGCGCCAUCCAGGAAGACUUGCCAAUCCAGAUGAUAGACGCCGAAAACGGACAGCGCCUCCCGGACUCUUUCCAUCGCCACACCCCGAGUCAUCUCCACGUCCACGAGGGUGCAGGUGAUGAUCAGGUCAAAGGCAAAGAUGGGGAGCGAGUUCAAAAUGGAGAGCUACCGCCCAUCAAGACAAUCGGCAAGCUGGUCGAGUCUGCCUUUUACCUCUACCAGAUGCGAACGUACGGUGAUAACGAGAAGCACUCCGUCCAGCGUGCCAGAGCCAAGCGUGCGGUCAUGUCGCAAGCCUUUUACAUCCUGCUUGUCAUGACCAUCAGCCUGGGCCUGUCUAUCGGGGUGUUCGUCGUCAGACGUGGGGAACCUCCAGCGGACCUGGUUUGGAUCUUCGUUUGGAUGGGGCUCAGUGGUGCUGUUGUGCUCUGGGCCAUUGUGGCUCUCAUCCUGAUCCAGUGGUCAAAGAAAGGGCUCAAAAACGACUUGGAGGUUGCUAGAAUGGGAGACGCGUUCAAUGCCACCACUGCUGGGGUUGAUAAUGCUGAGGGAUGCUUUGUGAAUGGUGUGCGUUACAAGAGCGAUCAGCCUCCCAAACCGGACUCCACUUCUGAUGAAGCCGGCCAACCAGCGAGCGGUCAAAAAACCACGGAAGCCCCUGGAUCUGGCAAACAGCCAGGUCUUGAUAUAAUCCGUGAGUCGAAAGGUAGCUGGGCACACCACACAAGAAAAGAGCUAUCCAAGUUGUCAACGAUGCAGGAGUGA